AACCCGGAAGAAGCCUCAGAAGUGGGAAGAGUGAUCUGAAUUCCUGCGCGUUGAAUCAGAAUGGACAGUGGGGAGGUGGGCAUGUGGCUGGAGGACUGUGUCAAUGCAGCAGCCACUCAACAGGACAAGGCACCGACUGAGGAGGACCGACUGAACUACUGCAAGCAUACAGACUCUCUGUCUGCAGAGCUGGCCUCUCUCCUGCAGGAGGCGAUGGAGAUGAAGUGGCCUUUUGUUCCUGAGAAGUGGCAGUAUAAGGAAUCAGUCAGUGCCAAGGACAAAACCAACCUCAGUGACCUCAUUAGCAAACACCUACCUCAGCUCCUGGCUCUUCUGAAGGCAUCCAUUAUGGCUCAGGAAGCACGCCGGGCUCUGGCAGUGGUCUUCCUUGUGGACCGCUUCCUUUACUGGAUAGAUGAGUCCAGCCGGCUGCUCAAGAUCACCAAGCUGGUCCACAAACACCAACGUGAUGCUCCUGUAGCCCCGCAACUUGUCAUACGACAGGCCAGGGUCUACCUAAACUCUGGGAAAUUGCAAAAGGCAGAAUACAUACUGAGCAGCCUGAUUAACAACAGCGGUGCCACAGGUUGUUGGGUGUACCACUCCAAAAGUGACAGAGCUCUCGUGCAGGCUGUUAGUGUGCAAGUACGUGGAAUGAUUUUGCAAAAGUUAGGUUUGUGGCUUCAAGCUGCAGAACUGAUCUGGGCUUCUCUGGUUGGCUUCUACGCCCUCCCCAAACCCGAUAAAAAGGGAAUUGGAACUUCGCUCGGUUUACUGGCGAACAUAUUGGUAUCUAUGAAUGAUAAGGACUUCCAUGCUUUAAAUGCUAAUCCAGAUGUUGAUCUGUCUCUGCUCGUGGACAGAAGUCAUCGUCUCCUUUCUGCGGCUGAGGCAGCUAAGCUGGCGGUGGUGUACAGCCAGUAUGCGUCGCUUUACGUUUUGACCAAUGUGGCAACUCAAGGGACCUGUUUGUUGUCACACAGUUUGUCAGCAGACUGCCCUCCCCCUCAAAGGCAGUCCUUCCUCCUUCAGGCCAAAGAGGCAUUUGAAAUUGGCCUCCUCACCAAAGCAGAGGGCGAGCUGGUCACCAGCAUACAGGAGCUCCAUACUUUCCUUAAGGCUGCUUAUUCCCUGACCGUCACUCAUAAGUGGUUGGGCACACCGGCUGACGUUUUGUCGCAGGUGACACAAGCUUGCCAGAAAGCUCUUGCCUGUUUUUACGAUUACUGUAAUGCCAAAAACCAAGACAAGGAUGGCCUGUGUUCUAAAAUCAUGCGUCUGAUUGCACAAGUUAAGCUGCUGCUGCGAGUGGAACCUUUCCUUAAUUCCGACAAGGGGUCUUUUAUUCCGGACAGCUACAGAAACAUCGCAGACCGAUCCAUACAUUUCACUCUGGAAAGUUUCUCAAAGGUGAUGCAGAGAUUCCAGACAUAUCACGAGUCACUGUGCAAGACCACCAACGCGAGCUGUAAAGGCAGUAAUGAGAAGACCAACGGGCCCAGGCUGUGUAUAACUGCACUAGGAACAACUUUUGAUACACUCAUCACAGACUGUAGCACUGAACCUUGCAACAUUUCAAAGGAGACGGAUCUACUGAGACUAGGACAGCCCAAGCGGGGAAUUGCUAAUGCCGCUGCUGCGCAUCCUUCUCGGACAUCUAAAUCGUGCACCUCUGUUGGAAGUGCCCAUAGCCUGAGCUCUUCAUGGCAGACAUUCCACUGGAGUAGUUCUGGUUCACCUCAGCUUAGUGGCAACAGUUAUACGGGAAGCAGUAUUUCUGCCUUUGAACAACCAAAUGCAAGUAACCAAAGCUGUCCUACCACGGAGAAUGAUGACGACCAGUCGAACAACAUGAUUGCAUUAACAAAUGCAGACUUACUGAGGUAUGACCCGGUCAGUAUCACGACUGUACCACAUUCUUUCUUGAGAGCAAAGAAGACGGAAGUAUCAGAAGCUGCCGUAGAGACACUAAACACCGAGGAAGAUGGGAUCCCAAAGAAGAUGGAAGUACCAAAAGCUGCCGUAGAGACACUAAACACCGAAGAAGAUGGGAUCCCAAAGAAGAUGGAAGUACCAGAAGCUGCUGUAGAGACACUAAACACCGAGGAAGAUGGGAUUCCAAAGAAGAUGGAAGUACCAGAAGCUGCCGUAGAGACACUAAACACCGAGGAAGAUGGGAUCCCAAAGAAGAUGGAAGUACCAGAAGCUGCCGUAGAGACACUAAACACCGAGGAAGAUGGGAUCCCAAAGAAGAUGGAAGUACCAGAAGCUGCCGUAGAGACACUAAACACCGAGGAAGAUGGGAUCCCAAAGAAGAUGGAAGUACCAGAAGCUGCCGUAGAGACACUAAACACCGAGGAAGAUGGGAUCGCUGAUCUUGUUUGUGCCAAAUCAAAACCAUCUCCUUUUGGGGAAUCGUUGCACUCACUGUCUCAGCUUACACUUAGAACAUCUUCAAGUUCGCUCAGCGAUAGUUUUAGUUCCCAGUCGUCAUGGGAAAAAUUCUCAUCUGACCUUAAUUUCCCCACAAGUAGAAGCCCUCAGCCACCUAACCUAUCAAAAGUGCAAACUGGACAAAAUAAGAAUUCAUCAGACUCUGAUGGCAGUUUCUGUCUGUUGGAGACUGAUCCUUCUGAGACAGAUGAUUCCCCAGUAGUCAAUGCAAUUCCUAUAAAGUCUUCUCCUGAGACGUCUUACUCAAACCCACACCCAAACCUUGAGAAAUGUACCCCGGAGCAGUACGCCUCCACUGAUGCAUCAACACAAAGCUCAUUUGAGAACCUUGAUAUGAAUCAUGGUCGAUACCCCAACACCGAAUCCGACAAUACUGACAAAGAUAAUAUCCUUCAAAAAAAGAAUCCAUUGUGCUACAGCUGCCAACACCACAGCGGUGUAGCUCAAUUCCAACCUGAGCGACAGUACUUUCUGUCACAGGAGGAUUACCGUGCUCUCCUAGCAGGUGUUUGCCAUGAAUGUCUGCUGAGAAGGUUGCAGAGCAACGAGACAAAGUUCAGACUCAAGGAACACAAAAUUUCUUACUGUGCUCUUCAUUUGAAGUUCUCCAAGGCCACGGGCCUGUGGACAGCUAGAGAGACAUGUGUUUACAUUGGCAAGUCAAUGAAGAAGAAGGGUGCACAGAGAGAAGCAAUAUGGGUCCAGUUUCUACACCAGGAGGAACGGUUAAGCAGUUAUGUGGGGAAAGAUUACAAGAAGCCAAAGGAGAUCCAGUUUCACCUGAAAGAUGUGGAGCGACAGAUGACAGCCCAGUACUAUGUGACUGAAUUCAAUAAGAGUCUGUACGACAAGGAAGUCAUGGCUCAGAUAUUUUUUAUUCCCUCAGAGGCACUACUGCUCUUGAACGGUGACGAAAUCAUGGGAUGCAUAACGGUGGAACCCUACAUGCUUGGAGAGUUUGUCAAACUGACCAACAACACCACUAAAAAGGACCAGCGUUAUGAAAUGACAAAAUAUGGCAUUGCCUUUGGCCACUUCACCUACCUGUUUUCUGGCUGCCAGGAAGUUGUGGUUGAUCUGCAAGGAUGGGUAACAGCCAAUGGCAAAGGGUUGACCUACUUGACUGAUCCACAGAUCCACUCCAAAAAAACUCCCAAAGACCGGUCCAACUUUGCGGACAGGGGCAUAAGGGACUUUGUAGACAAGCAACACGGACCAGAAUGCAACAGCAUCUGUCAGCUGCUCAACCUGCCUCCGGUGACCAGAUAACCACGUUC